AUGACGAAACGGGAUAAGAGCACAGGAUUCCUGUGUAAGAAGUUACCGAGCAUUGAAGGACUCCAUGCGGUUGUGUCAGAUGAAGAUGGAGUUACCUGUCAUUACGUGGCCGAUGAUAAUGCUCCUGAACAUGCUUUGAGACCUGGUUUCUUAUCUACUUUUACCCUUGCUACUGACCAAGGGAGCAAACUUGGACUUUCAAAAAAUAAAACCAUUAUAUAUUACUAUAACACGCCGUACCAGGUGGGUCCGUUUAAUCCUUUACCUUUGGUGGUGAGUUUCAUAGCCAGCAGCAAUGCCAGUACAGAACUAAUGGUCAGCCUAGAAAAGGAACUUGCUCCAUUAUUUGAAGAAUCGAUUAAAGUUGUGGAAGUUUCUUAA